CAGGUGGCUAAAGAGCAGGGCGUGGAGAUCCCAGUGGAUAACGACCCGAUCCGUGAGCCAGCCUGGUACUUGAGCCGUAAACUGCGUCAGCGGCUGCUGGAUGAAUACGCCAUUCAGGGAUGGACUGUGGUGCAGUUUCUGGGUGAUUCGGUGCUGAUCCCUGCUGGAGCUCUGCACCAGGUGCAAAACCUGCACAGCUGCGUCCAGGUGAUCAACGACUUCGUCUCUCCGGAGCACGUGGUGCAUUCGUUCCACUUAACCCAGGAACUCAGAUCCUCCAAAGAGGAAAUCAACUAUGAAGAUAAGCUACAGGUCAAGAACAUCUUUUACCACUGCGUGAAGAAUGCCGUGGGAACAUUAAAGAGGUGCUGUGCCGAGGAAGAGGAGACGAACUCAUGACACUCGUCAACACGCUCCCCCAAAUAUGCACACUAAUGCUCACACCGCGAACCUCCAGUGCCAAGCAGAGAAAACCCACCAGUAAACUGUAUUUAUUUGUUACUGACACCAUAGCAGUAUAGCGCAUCAGGAUGACUGUGAUCGACACGCCACACACGUCUGAAGAAUCUAGUGUUUGUUUGUCUGUUUGGUUUCGUUCCCAUUUUGUUCUUUCAUACUGUAUAGUUUCAGUGGAGAAUCGUAUUUAUUUUUAGGAGUUCUGUGCUCUGUUCUC